AUGGCCUCGAAGCAAGUCGAAUCCUCGGCAGCGGCUGCCCCGUCCAACGGCAUCAAUCGUCGCAAGUUCUUUGGCCGCAGCAACAGCAUCAGGAGCCUGCUGGGCAGCAGGGAUGGCACCUCAUCAACCGGCAGCAGUAGCAACGUCGUCACUCCGAACUCCUCGCAUAGUGCUUCAAGCACCGGUCCCGGACUUUUGCGGCGCAUGGGCAGUAGAAGCUUUCUCAACCUCAACCAGUCCAAAGCUACCGCCGCUGCCGUCAACGAUUCAUCCUCUGACGACCUUUCUUCCCUGGCAUCAGCAGACUCCCACGCCUCUCGGCGCUUUUCCGACUCACUCAAAAGCAUUCGGCGCAGGCGCGAGAAUUCAGCCUCUCAGGACGCGAGCAAAACACGCUCCCUCUCUUCGCGGACCAGCUCCGAGGCCUACGCCGCUCGUGUAUCGCAGAGUGAAGCCUUGCAGAGCAACGGCUCGCGCAAAAGCAUCGACAGCAUCCAUUCGGGCCUCUCCGCUACCUCAACCGAGCCAAACCCACGCUCUUCGGCUGCAGACAGCUCCGGCCACACCAAUUUGCAGCCCGCUCGCGACCUUCAGGAUUCUGUGGCCAGCACGCCCAGGCGCCUCACGGGAUGGCUAUACAAUAUGGUCGGCAGCGACAGUGCUCCUUCCUCAGCAGAAGGCGGUGCGCCCCUCUCCCCCGUGCGAGAAGCAGACACAAUCGACUUUGCUCCCUCCAGCGCUUCGCCCCAUCGUCACGCGCAGACCCUCGCGGCUCCAUCCCAGACUGAUGCAGGUCGAUCUGCGUCUCCUACCGCUGCCGCUACGACGCGCUCGAAAGCAGGCGCUCUUCUUCUGUCUCUGGCCAAUGUGAGCUCGAAAGCAGGCACCAAGGUCACCGCCGCAACGAUCGACGACGGAAACGCCGCUGGCUCCGUGUCCGGCACAACCAACACUUCUGCCUCGAAUAACGAUGCCGGCACCUCAUCCAACACCGCCAUCAACAGCGCCGCUGGUGGUACAAACACCGCUGGCUGGGUUCCUGGCGGCGUUGGCUUCGACCGCGCCUUCAAAUUUUUCAUGGAUAGCGACGUCGGAAACAAGGAAGACGAGGAGAUCUGGCUGCUCGGCGUACGGCACGCACCUCGACAGGCAAGUAAGGCUGUUUCGUCCCCAACGUCUGCGUCGCAUACGACGCCGUCAGUGCCAGCCCCUCAGAACCCAGAAGCGUCUGAUGUGCCCAUGCCUCGAGCUUGUUCACCUUCAUCCAGCAUUUCCACCGCCUCUCCGCGCCAGAAUGCGCUCGACCUGAUCCAAACUUCGCAGACGGCCCUGAGUUUCUACGAUCGCGCUUCGAUACCGACGGACAGGAGCGAAAGCCGCGUCGGCAGCUCCAUCUCCAUGGCUGGAAAUACCUCGACUUGCAACAGCGUCCGCGCCAAGUCGUCCAAUACGAGCUCGGGUAUCGGCAACCAGCCUUCGGCGACCGUUCCCGUCGAUGCACACUCUGCGUUCCAGCCCGACUUUGCUUCCAGGAUCUGGUGCACGUAUCGCAACCAAUUUGCGCCUAUCGCGCGCGACGGCACCAUCUCGGAUCAGGCUGCCUCUGCAGCUGAGGCCAUGACUGCAGCACAGCUCUCUGCUGUGCAGGACGCAUCUGCGACGUCCACACCAUUGGCUGCGCCUUCGUCUUCUGGGGCGGUUGGGCCAAGCAGUCCUCCAGCUUCCACAGGACGCGGCUGGCUCGGUCGCAAGACCGCCCAAAGCAAUGCUGCUCAGGAGGCUGCAUUCCACGUCAACAGUCCACUGGGACUCGGUGCAACCCUAGGAGCUGGGUAUGCCAAUGCCUCGUCCACCUUGGGCGAAAGAAUGGGCAUCACCAAUCUCUGGAGCAGAGCCACCGCAGCAGCUCAGGCAGCCGGUUUCAGCCGUGCCGGUCUCACCACCGACUCCGGCUGGGGAUGCAUGUUGCGUACUGGCCAGAGUCUCCUCGCCAACGCCCUCAUCAACGUUCAUCUUGGCCGUUCUUGGCUUCGAGAAACACCUCCGAUGCGACAGGUCGAGUUCUUGGAGCAGCUUGCCAGUCAAUCGCUCGAUUCCUCUGCCGAGGCGCAAGGCUUGCACGACUGGCGAGAGAAGCGGGCUCGUCAUGCCACGUACGUCAAGAUCCUCAGCUGGUUCCUCGACGAUCCGAGCCCAGCUUGUCCCUUCGGCAUCCAUCGGAUGGCCCGAGAGGGCAAGCGGCUCGGAAAGGAAGUAGGCGAGUGGUUUGGCCCUUCCACAGCGGCUGGUGCGAUCAAGCAGCUCGUCUCUGAAUUUGGCGAUGCUGGCAUCGCGGUCGAGCUCGCGCAUGACGGUGUCUUCUACCUCGACGAGGUGAGGGCGGUGGCGGGAGCAGCGACUCCCUCCAAGUCUUCGCAGCAUUCUGCGAAAAGUCGUCAGGCAGACGCCUUUUCCUGGCGCAGACCUGUGCUGAUCUUGGUGGGCAUCCGUCUCGGCUUGGAGAGCGUUAAUCCAAUCUACUACGAAUCUGUCAAAGCCACGUUCUCCUUCCCGCACAGCGUCGGCAUUGCUGGUGGUCGACCGUCCUCCUCGUAUUACUUUAUGGGUCAUCAGGGAAACUCGCUCUUCUACCUGGAUCCGCACAACGUCCGGCCCGCGGUCCCGCUUCGUUACCCGCCAAGCUCGUUCCCGAGCGCGGUUCCUUGCCACCACGAUAUUGCUCGUCGAUUUGCACAAGAAGACUCGGACGAUGAGCAAGAGUGGUGGGCGCAGGCCUACACCGAAGCUCAGACCUCCACCUUCCACUGCGAAAAGGUGCGUAGGAUGCCCAUAAAAUCGCUAGAUCCAAGCAUGCUGUUGGGUUUCCUGGUCAAAGACGAAGAAGAUCUCAUCGACCUGUGCGCUCGUAUCAAGGCUCUGCCCAAGACCAUCUUCUCCUUUGCAGAAUCUGCGCCGAAGUGGGUCGACGACGACGACUUCGAUCCGAGUAUGGAGAGCUUUUCAGAACCUUCAAUAGGAGACGGGACCGAGGAUGGCGGUGACGAGAACAACAAUGCGUCGGAGGAAACAGGUGGAAGCGGUGCGUUGAAGAAAGCGUACUCACCAGCGGACGCUCAAGACAAUUCUCUGCGUCGAAAUGGGGCGGAUGGCGGAGCGAGCGAAAACCUCUUCAGAGAGAGCCAACAGAGGACCGCUGCAUGGCUCGGACAGGGUCGGCCGUCCGUGACGUCGAGCAGAGCGCCCAAUGCGGAUGCAGUCGGUAGCGCUGGCAUCGCGUUCCCAUCUCUUGACCUGCUCACACCUCAGUCAGAGACUCACACUUUGACGAGACCGUCGCGUCCAGAUGGUCGUCAGGCUUCGACGUCUUCGGCCGCCACCACACGACCAGCACGACGAGUCCUUGACACCGCGCUCAACACGGAACACAGAAAGAGUCGGGAUCUCAUCGCAUCUCAUGCGACUGCUUCUCCGCGCGAACAUCAAGCCUCACCAUCACGCAGUCCUGCCAGACCAGGCGCGGAUGAGAACUUCUCUACUGUCAACCUCUCCGACUCGGAGGUCGGGUCUGGCUGGGAAGAGGUUUCAGAUGGCGGCACUAUUGCAGCUUCGAGUUCUGCAGGUCCUGCCCUACUGCGCACGGGCUCGCCGUCUCGAAACUCACCAAUAGCAGACAGUCUUGCUGCUGGUAUUCAGGGGAAAGCCGACGGGAGACGUGACGCUGACUCCAACAUUCCUGGUGUGCCGGCGUCGCUCAGCUCCGAGUUGAUCGAAUCUGAAUUGGUGAGCCUCAGUCUUGACACGCCUAUCGGCGAGGCGGCAGAUCAUGCGGGACCGGUUCAGAGCCUCGAUGUGGCGGGCUCUUCGAUGAGGACUACGGGCGGCUCAGCUUCGACGGCCGAAGGCUAUUUCGGGUUGACCUCGGCACACAGUCCGCUCUCAUUGCCCAGGCGGAGGUCGCAGUCCAAGCCGUCGCCCUUCGAUCUGUCGACGAAAGCUCACACUGACGACGCCCCACCAGUGCCAACAGUCCCCAGCAGCCUCCACGCUCAGUCGGCGAAGAGCGAGAGCAAGAGCGAUGUUGCACCUGAUCUCAACGACAGCGAUGACGACUUUUGA